AAUAUUUUCCAGGAGCUUAUGGUUUAUCUUGGGGGACGGGUGCUGCUAUUAGUACGUGUAUACAUGCUGCACGAUGUAAAAUCUUAGUAAUUCUUUUUCAAGAGGGGCCUCUUUUAAGGGAUCCUAGAACCUAUCCAAUGAUACAUUAACCCUAACAAUCCUAGUUGCUACUCAUUUUUUCCAUCUUGACUUGAUGUGAGCUCAAGUGAUGAGGCCAGGGCAAGUUAUUCAGAUUAAAAUCAUCACAGGGGAAAACAGACUGUUCCAUUAUUGUUUUCUGUACUUUGUUUUGUUCGGUGAAUGCCAGUUUGACAUUGGAGUAUUUAAAAUCUAGCUAGAAUCGAUUCCUCAUGGCUGCUUAAUUUUCAAAUGGCCUCUGCUUUUUCCUUUCUAUCUAUAUAAAUCUGCCUCCUCUCAAGCCUUUACCUACAGCCUUGGCCUUCAUAGUAAUCAAUAGAAAAAGAAUGGUGGUGGACAUGCAGGGCAAGCUUCGCCUAGCUCUUGGCUCGGUUAAGGACCAUGCAUCAAUUGGUAAGGCCAUGAUUAAUUACAACCAUGAUGGCAAAGGGUUUUCCGACAUAGAGAUUGCAGUGCUGCGUGCCACUGGCCAUGAUAACGGCCCCAUAGAGGACAAAUACAUGCAUGAGAUCCUCUUCCUUGUCUCAAACUCCCCAGGAUCCAUCCCUUUUCUUGCUGAAAGGAUUUCACGCCGCCUCUGCAAGACCAGAGACCGCCUGGUCGCCCUCAAAACUCUUUCGCUCAUUCAUCGUCUCUUCCGCGGCGGUAGCCGCUGCUUCGAGCAAGAGCUACGUAGGGCACAUGUUUCCGGCCAUCUCCAAAUGAGCACCCAGUGUUUUCGCAAGAACUCAUCAGACCCUUAUUCGUUUUCAUUCCUCCAUAGCUAUGCAGCUUAUCUCGAAGAACGAGUGGGAUGGGCCAUUAACCAAGCAGGAAAACUAGAACCCGUCAUGUUCAAUGGCCUGGAGUUUCGAUGUUAUGAGCAGAAGUCUGUUGAUAUGGUGUAUCGAAAGUUGCCCAAAUGUCAAGCGUUCAUAGAUAGAGUCUUGGAUUGUCAACCUCGUGAUAUUUUGCCUGCAGACAACUUGGCCCAAGCAGCCAUUGGCCAUACCUUGAAAGAGAGCUUCCAAGUUUACAUUAUGUAUUGUGAAGGCAUUGAAAAUCUUGUCAACAUGUUUUUUGAUUUGACAAUGGCAGCACGAAGUUUGGCAUGCGACAUACUCAAGAGGGCUUCUCGCCAAAGCAAAGAGCUUCAUGAUAUGUAUGAGAGUUGCAAACGAAUUAUUGAAAACAAGAGUCUGGAGUAUCCCAGUGUGCGGAUCAUCACCAUGGAUCAUGUUUUGGCAUUGGAGCGUUGCUCCAACUUCAUGUCAACAAGUUCAUCAUCAUCAAUAAUGUGUAGGACUGUGGCCUCAGCACCGAUUGGUAAAGAAAGCGAAAAGGAAGAAAAUGGUGAUAUGAGUUGUUCGUCAUCAACUCCAUUUUCAUGCACUCUGGAAACCAAAAUAAGCAAGGUUUGGGUGGUUUUUGAAGAAGAUUAUGGUGACUCGCAGGUGGCCAUGGAUGCUGUAUGAUGGUGAUCCUUAUCCUUCUGCUCCGUUUAAGGUUAGGAAAGGUUGUCAAUAGUAGAGAGAUCAAUCAAACUAUCAACCCUUGAAGUGAGGAAGUAAAAGUUAAGAGAGAGGAUUCAAACCUUCCUAAGGAGAGAUGUCAUGACCAUUCAACCUAUCUUGUUAAACCAAUUACAAUUCUUUCAAAGAUUUAAAGUUAUCCAAAAUUCUUAAAAUCUUAUUAUAAUUCAA